AAUGUGAUGGGCUCGAAAUAUCGCGAUAUUUCCUCGGUUCAACGAGAGGCUGGUGUGUUUGUUCCUGUGCAGUAGCACAGAGUUUCUGUAUUUCUGAGAGCUGCUGAACUACUGGAGUGAAACUCAAAACAAUCUUUCUAGCAGCUGCUGAUAAACCAAGCUUUUCCACAGUGCAGAUGUUGUAACCUCUGGAACACAAAAAGAAACCUCUACAGCACCUCUUAAAGCUUAGUUCUGUUUAAGCUCUGCAGGAAUGGAGCACAGUCCUGUCCUUAUGGAAGGCCUGCUCUUCCUCAUGAUUAGUCUUCCUCACACAUCUGCAGACACACACUCUCUGCAGUACCUCUACACUGCAGUCACACCAGGAAUAAAUUUCCCAGAGUUCACUGCUGUUGGUCUGGUGGAUGGAGAGCAGUUUGUGUACUACGACAACAACAUCACAGAGAUGAUCCCAAAGACGGAGUGGAUAAAUAAGAUUGAUGCUGAUGCUCCAGAUUACUGGAAAAACCAGACACAGAAGAUGCAGAGUGAUCAGGAGAACCUCAAACAGCUCUUAGCUACAGUAAUGAAAGACUUUAAUCACUCUAAAGGAGUUCAUACACUACAGAGGAUGUUUGGCUGUGAGCUUGAUGAUGACGGCACCGCUAGAGGAUACGAUCAGUACGGUUAUGAUGGAGAAGAUUUCAUCAGUCUGGAUCUGAAACCUGAAACCUGGACUGCAGUUAAUGAUAAAGCUGUGAUCACCGAACACAUGUGGGAGUCUACAGGAGCUGAGGCUAAAUACAUGUGGAACUUCCUGGAGGAGGAGUGUAUCAAGCAGUUAAAGAAGUUUGUGUCUUACGGCAGAGAGACUCUGGAAAGGAAAGUUCAUCCUGAGACGUUAGUGUUCCAGGAGGACUACUUCUUUGGAAAGAUGGUGUGUCAUGCUACAGGUUUCUUCCCUAAAGCACUGAAUAUCACCUGGCAGAAGGACGGAGAGGAGGUGCAGGAGGACGUGGAGCUCAGAGAGACGUUACCCAACCAGGAUGGAAGCUUCCAGAAGAGAAGCAUUCUGAAAGUCCCAGAUGAGGAGCUGGAGGAACGCACCUACACCUGCGUGAUUCAGCACAGCAGCUUGGAGAAGGAGUUGGUGCUGCCUGUGGACAUAAUCAAGCCUAAAAUCAUACAGUGUUUUGGGAGGUAUGGACUACCAGAUGAAGUGUCAGGAGGGAAGAUUGCAAUCAUUUUUGGUAUAGUUGUGGCAUUCGUUGCUGCUGUUGCUGAAAUUCUCAUCUGGAAGAAGAAGAAGACAUUUGCCUUCAGACAUGUUCCACUCAGCUCCGAUGCCUAAGAGAGAUGGAAAGAGAAAUGAGGAAGGAAUGUAGAGAUAAGAUAUUGUACAGAGGAGGACGAUGUGUCAGAUAUGAAGAGACGAGGAACUCUUUCUCACACACAGAGACAUACAAAUAUCUGCGCACAUUUCCCUUUCUGAUAAAAAAGGAAAUGUAAAUAAAAAAUGAUGAAUAAUCAAUUAUUAUUAAUUUUGCUUUAUGCUGCUGCUAUUAUUUCUGUAUUUCACUCCACACCAUAUAUAUAUAUAUAUAUAUAUAUAUAUAUGUGUGUGUGUGUGUGUGUGUGUGUGUGUGUGUAUAUACAUAAAAUGCAGAUGAGACUGGAACAACAACGAGGAGAAAUUUUAGACUAAUUCUUCCCAAAAACAAAUUCUCUUGUUCUUUCCUGUCUUGUUAAACCAUUCAUCUUCUAUUAAGUUUCCCCAGAGCCUGCAUUCUCCUGUAAAAGUUCUUGAAUUCAGUUGUUCCCUCAUCGUUGUCUGCCGUUUCUACCAAAAACUUCAACUUUGUCUCUUCAACUUUUUCCAAGAAGUGUUGUGGAAUAUUCAGGUGGGCUUUUGCAAACUGCGGAGAUGCCUUGAUUUUUUAUUAUUUUUUAAAAUUUUUUGGAGAGAUUUGGAGUGGUUUCCUCUGCAGUUUCCUGUUUUCUUAUAAUGGAAAUAAACAGAGUUUCAGUGAUCAAAGAA